AUGCCCGGGUACUCGCGCUCCCGCCGGUAUCUCCGCCUUUCCGCACCGCGAUGUCGCGCCGUAAGCCGUUGUCAGGCGGUGUGGCUGCUGCGGGCCCGGCACCCGGGAGGCAAGCCGUUUUGAGCCGGUUCUUCCAGCCCGCGGGAAGCCUGAAAUCUACCUCGUCCCCCACUGGCGCUGCCGACCAGGCAGACCCUACCUCCACAGCGCCCCUUGCGUCCGCCGUCCCUCGGGUGCCAGCGUCGCCGCAGGUACAGGCGGCGAAAACAGACCGAAGGAAGACGAGACCAGCAGAGAACACUGCUUCUGUCAGGAAGAAAGCUAGGAGAACGCAGGAACGGGAAGGUGGAGGGGACCUGGCGGUGGCAGAGUCUGCCGGUGACGCUGAGCCAAAGAGAUGUCUGAGGACCAGGAUCGCUUCACAGUCUCUGGAGAAACUGAAAGAAUUCUGCUGUGACUCUGCUGUCCCUCACAACAGAGCCCAGGCAGAGCCUUAUCAGGGGAGAUUCGAAGUUCUGCCAAAAUGUACUGAUUUUGAAGAUAUCAGUCUUCAGCGUGCAAAGAAUGCCGUUUCUUCUGGAGAGUCCAAAUCUCGAAGUCAUCAGAAGGACAGUGAGUCUGGGCCUGAGAGCGCCCAGAAACCCUCUGACCGCAGAGCCCGGAACCAGCGCUCCAAGGGCGUCUACACACCACUGGAGCUUCAGUACCUGGCGGUGAAGCAGCAGCACCCGGACACGCUUCUGUGUGUGGAGUGUGGGUAUAAGUACAGGUUCUUUGGCGAAGACGCAGAGAUUGCUGCCCGCGAGCUCAAUAUCUACUGCCACCUGGACCAUAGCUUCAUGACGGCCAGCAUUCCCACGCACCGGCUCUUUGUCCACGUGCGCCGCCUCGUGGCCAAGGGCUACAAGGUGGGAGUUGUGAAGCAGACGGAAACGGCGGCCCUGAAGGCUGUUGGUGACAGCAGAGGCUCCCUCUUUGCCCGGAAGCUGACUGCUCUGUACACGAAGUCGACGCUCAUCGGGGAAGAUGUGAGCCCCCUCGGCAAGCUGGGUGAUGCUGUCAGUGUGGACGACGAGGCGGCGACCGAUGCUUCUGCUGGGUACCUCCUGUGCAUCUGCGAGGACACGGAGAGCGUUCCGGACAGGAGGAGGGGCAGCGUGUCAGUGGGCCUCGUGGCUGUGCAGCCCGCCACCGGGGAGCUGCUGCUGGACGCCUUCCAGGAUGCCGCAUCGCGCCCGGAGCUGGAGACGCGGCUGUGCAAGACCCCGGGGGCCUUGCUCCCUCGAGGGCACACGUGUGCACACGCACCUGUCAGGAGUGAGCACAGCCAGUGGCGUGCAGCCCUCACAGCAGUGCGGGUGGGCAAGAAGGUGCGAGCAGAGGCGAGCGCUCUCCCGCUGUCACCGCGCCGCCCUCUGAACCUGCUGAUACAGGGUCUAGUCAGAGUCCCAGCCAGUAAACUUCUUGUGAAACUGAACCGGAGGAGCCAACAAUCGAUUAGGAAAAUCAAAGGUCCCGAAGUGGGCAAGACAGACACUGUGCGCGGCGGUGUCUGGGCUGUGAAGUGUGGGUGCCCGUGGUCACGAUGCACAUCAGAUUCUAGUGUGCGGGAUGACAGAAUUCGAGUGGAGAGGAUGGAUGAUGUUUAUUUUGAAUAUAGCCACGCUUUCCAGGCGGUCACGGAGUUCUAUGCAAAGAAUCCAGUCGACAGCAGAGGUUCUCAAAGUUUUUCUGGCAUCAUUAACUUAGAGAAACCUGUGAUUUGCUGUUUGGCUGCCAUUAUAAGAUACCUCAAGGAGUUUAACUUGGAAAAGAUACUCUCCAAACCCGAGAAUUUUAAACAGCUGUCGAGUGAAAUGGAGCUAAUGAGGAUGAACGGAACAACAUUAAGGAACCUGGAAAUCCUACAGAAUCAGACUGACGGGAAGACCAAGGGAAGUUUGCUGUGGGUGUUAGACCACACUAAAACUGCAUUUGGGAGACGGAUGCUGAAGAAGUGGGUGACCCAGCCACUCCUUAAAUUAAGCGCGAUAAAUGCUCGGCUCGACGCUGUCUCCGAAGUGCUGCGCUCAGAGUCCAGCGUGUUCCCCCAGCUCGAAAGCCUCCUGCAGAAGCUGCCGGAUAUUGAGAGAGGACUUGGGAGCAUUUACCACAGAAAGUGUUCCACCCAAGAGUUCUUCCUGAUAGUUCGAACCCUGUAUCACCUGAAGUCAGAGCUACAAGUGUUAAUGCCCGUGGUGAAUUCGCAGGUACAGUCAGACCUGCUCCGGGUGAUUGUUUUGGAAAUUCCAGAGCUCCUGGAUCCAGUGGAACAUUACUUAAAGAUACUCAACGAACAGGCUGCCAAAGUUGGGGAUAAAACUGAAUUAUUCAAAGACCUUUCCGACUUCCCUUUAAUAAAACAGAGGAAGGAUGAAAUUCAAGAAGUUACUGUCAAGAUCCAAACACAUUUGCAAGAAAUAAGAAAAAUACUAAAAAACCCUUCAGCGCAGUAUGUGACAGUUUCAGGACAGGAGUUCAUGAUUGAAGUAAAGAACUCUGCUGUGUCUUGCAUACCUCCUGACUGGGUGAAGGUUGGAAGCACGAAGGCCGUGAGCCGCUUCCACUCCCCGCUGGUGGUGGAGAGCUACGGACUCCUGCAGCGGCUACGCGAGCAGCUGGUCGUGGACUGUGGCGCCGAGUGGCUCGGCUUUCUGGAGAGUUUUGGUGAACAUUAUCACUCUUUGUGUAAAGCAGUAUGUCACCUAGCAACCAUUGAUUGUAUUUUCUCCCUGGCCAAGGUCGCUAAGCAAGGAGAUUACUGCAGGCCAACUGUAAAAGAAGAAAGGAAAAUCAUAAUAAAAAAUGGAAGGCACCCCGUGAUCGACGUGUUGCUGGGAGAACACGAUCAGUAUGUCCCCAACAGCACCCAUCUGUCAGAGGACUCAGAGAGAGUCAUGAUCAUCACCGGCCCCAACAUGGGUGGGAAGAGCUCCUACAUCAAGCAGGUGGCCCUGAUCACCCUCAUGGCUCAGGUGGGCUCCUACGUUCCUGCGGAGGAGGCGACCAUGGGCAUCGUGGACGGCAUUUACACCAGAAUGGGUGCCGCGGACAACAUAUGCCAAGGACGGAGCACUUUUAUGGAGGAGCUGGCGGACACGGCCGAGGUCAUCCGGAAAGCCACGCCGUGGUCCCUGGUGAUCCUGGACGAGCUGGGCCGAGGCACGAGCACGCACGAUGGGGUCGCCAUCGCCUACGCCACCCUGGAGUACUUUAUUAGAGACGUGAAAUCCCUAACCCUGUUCGUCACCCACUACCCGCCGGUGUGUGAGCUGGAAAGGAGCUACCCGGGCCAGGUGGGGAAUUACCACAUGGGCUUCCUGGUGACCGGGGACGAAGGCCAGGCAGGCCCAGGCGAAGAGGAAGUCCCUGAUUUUGUCACUUUUCUUUAUCAAAUAACCAGAGGAAUUGCAGCAAGGAGUUACGGCCUAAACGUGGCUAAGCUAGCAGAUGUUCCUGGAGAAAUCCUGAAGAAAGCAGCUCACAAGUCCAAAGAGCUGGAAGGAUUAGUAAACGUGAAAAGGAAAAGACUGAAGUCUUUUGCGAAAUUGUGGAUGACACAUAGUGUAGAAGACCUGCGAGAGUGGAUGGACGAGUUUGAAGUGGGCGAAACACAGACUUCCCUUCCUGAUGAACAUGCGGACUGCUCUUCAGGAGGAGCAGCUGAGACUUAGAAAGAGCCCAGUGUGAUAUAGUGUCCAGCAGCGGCCGCAGUGCAUCCCUUUGGGAGACGGAUCUCUUCCUUUUGUGAAGGAAGUGAUGCUCGGGUUCCUUCCCCUCCGUCUUUUCAGAUAGCAGGGCCCCUCUGUGAGCGGAAUCUGCAGGACAGGGCUCCUGCAGGCGCCGCUUCUUCCGGGGAGCCGAAGUGUGGCACACGCACCCUUGGGUGACAGAAGCCACUGCCUGUUCCGUUUCCAGAGAUGAUGUUAAAAGCCACCAAUGUAUUUUUCAUGUGCAUAAGAAUUUUGAUAAAAAUAGAAUUACAAAGCUCUUAGAGAUUAGAGCCCAAUGCCUGAGAGGAAUAAAGUCAUGAAAUUUGAAGAGUUAAACAUGGUC